CGCUUGAAGAGACACUCUGCCAGGAUGGAGGCCAUCAAGAAGAAGAUGCAGAUGCUGAAGCUGGACAAGGAGAACGCCAUCGACAGGGCCGAGCAGGCAGAGGCGGACAAGAAAGCCGCUGAGGACAAGUAUAAGCAGGUGGAGGAUGAGCUGGCAGCUCUGCAGAAGAAGCUGAAAGGCACCGAGGAUGAGCUGGACAAGUACUCAGAAGCCCUGAAGGACGCCCAGGAGAAGCUGGAACAGGCAGAGAAGAAGGCGACGGAUUCCGAAGGGGAGGUGGCCGCGCUGAACCGCCGCAUCCAGCUGGUGGAGGAGGAACUGGACCGCGCCCAGGAGCGCCUGGCCACCGCCCUGCACAAGCUGGAGGAGGCCGAGAAGGCGGCCGACGAGAGCGAGAGGGGCAUGAAGGUGAUUGAAAACAGGGCGAUGAAGGACGAGGAGAAAAUGGAGAUCCAGGAGAUGCAGCUGAAGGAGGCCAAGCACAUCGCCGAGGAGGCCGACCGCAAAUACGAGGAGGUUGCCCGUAAACUGGUCAUUCUGGAGGGAGAACUGGAAAGAGCUGAAGAACGAGCCGAGGUGUCUGAGGCGAAAUGCAGCGACCUGGAAGAGGAGCUGAAGAAUGUUACCAAUAACCUGAAGUCUCUUGAAGCUCAGUCGGAUAAGUACUCUGAAAAAGAGGACAAAUAUGAGGAGGAAAUCAAGCUUCUCACUGACAAAUUGAAGGAGGCUGAAACCCGGGCCGAGUUUGCAGAAAGAACUGUUGCGAAACUGGAAAAGACGGUUGAUGAUCUAGAAGAAAAAGUUGCCCAGGCAAAAGAAGAGAAUUUGAGCUUGCAUCGAACAUUGGAUCAAACCUUACGUGAGCUUGGCAGCAUAUAAUGGGUUGGAAAGUAUCCUGAUUUCUGAUAACCCUGAAAAGACAUGCUUGGA